AAACCACAGAAUCACUCUUAUCUCUUCCACUGGAUUCUUCAUCCUCAUCCAUGUGCAUUCAUUCACCUACCAGCUAGCUACCCUGUUUUGGCUUCUGAUACGCAAUGUGCAUCUGAGAUGAAACAGAGCAAAACAGAGUGCAGUCUUCAAUUUCACGCCAACCAAUCCCAAUCAUCUCAGAAAUCCCAAUUCAGAUCUGAUCAUGGAGCAUGACUCAAAGACCCCUUUGCUGGAAUCUUCCAGAAAAACUUCAAAGCUCCAAACCUUGGGCAACAUCAUUGUCACCGUUGUCGGAACAGGGGUUCUGGGUUUGCCCUUUGCUUUCCGGGUAGCUGGGUGGGUUGCUGGAUCGCUUGGAGUUGCUAUCGUCGGCGUUUCCACCUACUAUUGCAUGCUCCUGCUUGUUUGUUGCAGAGAUAAGUUGGCAUCAGAAAAGGCAUUAGGGGAAGGAGGAACAUAUGGAGACCUGGGUUAUAGGAGCUUUGGAACCUUGGGCCGGAUUCUGACAGAAUUUAUAAUUUUAGUAGCACAGUGCGCAGGGUCUAUUGCAUAUUUGGUAUUUAUUGGACAAAACCUUGAUUCUAUAUUCCAAAGCAAGGAAUUCUCGGUCACCUCAUACAUAUUUAUGUUAGUACCGGUUGAAAUUGGAUUGUCAUGGAUAGGGAGUCUAUCUGCUUUAGCACCUUUUAGCAUUUUCGCAGACGUGUGCAAUGUCCUGGCUAUGGGAAUUGUGGUGAAGGAAGACGUACAGCAGGCGUUAGGAGAUGGGUUUCCACUUGGACAAAGGACAGCAAUCACGUCCAACAUUAGGGGGUUGCCAUUUGCAGCAGGCAUGGCUGUUUUUUGUUUUGAGGGGUUCGGAAUGACUCUUGCCCUGGAGAAUUCUAUGCAGGAUAGAUCUAAAUUUCCAAAAUUGCUGGCUCAAACUUUUAGUGGGAUAACACUUGUGUACAUUCUUUUUGGGUUAUGUGGUUACAUGGCUUUUGGUGAAGAAACCAAAGACAUUGUGACCCUUAAUCUCCCUAGAAAUUGGUCAUCUCUUACUGUACAGGUAGGAUUAUGUCUGGGGCUUGUUUUCACAUUCCCUAUCAUGUUACACCCAGUUAAUGAGAUUGUGGAAGGAAAACUCAAACAUGUCUGCAGAAACAAUAAUGAUUCAACAAGUUUAGGAAAUAUUUCCAUAUACGUCAGUCGUGCCAUUGUGGUGGUUCUGCUGGCUUUCAUAGCUUCAUUUGUGCCAGAAUUUGGUGUAUUUGCCUCAUUUGUCGGGAGUACCUUAUGUGCAAUGCUCUCAUUUGUUUUGCCUGCCAUAUUUCACCUAAAAAUAUUUGGCUCUUCUCUACGCAUAUGGCAAAAAGCCUUGGAUUUUUUUGUAUUAAUCUGUGGAUUACUUUUUGCUGUAUAUGGAACUUACAGCACAGUCGUUGGAGUUUGAUGUAUCUAGACAUGUAUUAUACUUUGUUUGAAUCUUUUAUACAACUCAACUAGUGAAUUUCAUGUAACAUAAUUCAUUACAGUUAAUGCAUGCACGUUGUGAAUCCAAACACA